ACAUGUUCCCCAAUUUUUCGUUUCAACAUCGCAUUGAAUUAUCAAAAAGGGAACCCGUUUUACAAAGCCGUCCAGUAAACAGUCCGGAGUUUUGACCGGAGAUCGACUUUCCGGUGCCGGUGAUCGUAUCCAUAGCAUCACACUAUCUCAGAAUUUUGCAAUUGAAUUAGGUUUUGUUACGGGGCCAUGGGUGAAAUUGAGCGAGAUUUCAGCAACAAACCGGAGGAUCAGAAGAAGACGGUGGAAAUCUUCCUGAAAAUCAUCGGUCCUUCUCCGCCUUGUCGCCUUAAUGUCCCUUCUUCUAUUAAGGUACAUGAAUUGAGAAAGAUGAUUGCUGGGAAUCGACAUAUGCCUAUUGAAAAUUUAAGACUUGUAUUGCGAGGACAUGUAUUGCAUGAUAAUGAAAAUGGAGAUGACGUAGCAAUCCAACUCAACAACGGAGAUUCUCUGAUAGUUGCUGUCAAACCAAAGCCACCCCCUAAACAUUUUCGGGAUGAAUUUGAGGAUGACGAUGAUGAUGAACUGAGGUUUCAGUUACCCCCAUCAACUAGUAGGUGGAAGAGGAAGCUUUUUUAUAUAUUACGUGAUAAACUGAGACUUCCAGAUAUGCUUUUGAUGGUAAUUUUCUCCAUCAGUCCAAAGGUUUGGGUUAUUAUCAUGACUUGGUUUAUUCUGGCCUCUAUUGCGCGAAGAUAUGAAGUUGCACCUUUAUUUUUACUGGCAACUGGGUUUGGCCUUAUUUUUUAUAAUCUUGGACACCGGCAGCAGGGAGAACUUAGUGCGUAUUCUGUAUUCAAUGAAGAUUUUCGAGAACUUCCAGGAACCCUUAACGCAGAUCACAUUGACAGAGAUAUUCGGGCAGGCCGAUUUUGAGUCAGACGUUCAACAUUCAAAUGGAAAAAAUAUCCUAUCCUUUGUCACCUUGCAUCAGAAUUUGCUGUAGAAUUAACAGUAACUUCUUCGCCAUGUAAAUGAAAAUGUUCAUUUCUUGCCCCGUGUGCUUCACCAAAAUGGUGUUGAUCGUACAUGUGAACGUAAAAUCAACUUGACUUCAAGGAAGUCAAGUUGAUAUGCUUUCUGCUUGAAGGUUGACCAUAUGUGGCUUUCUGCUUAAAGGUUGACUAAGGUACGGAUAUGCUUUUAGCUGUAUAGUGAACAGAAAGUCUCUCAUGUAAAAUCUUAUUAAGCCUCAGUUUUGGGCAUUUAAGUGUUUUCUGUUGUGUGCCAUAUAGGAGAAAAGUUCAUGUAAAACGACUAUGACAUGGAUAAAUAUGGGACUGAUUUUGCGUGGUCUCUAGUUACAUGA